GUUUCCGGCCGAUUAAAAUUCAAACAAAAUGUUCCGUAAUAAUGGAUACAGAUAUCACGCCAACGGGUUUAAUAAUAAUAACAAUCCGUGUCUACAAGUGGCGACAAAUGUGACUGAACAGAAGCACCACGUCUCUAGGGCGAGCAGAGCCUCAGCUCUGGGGGCCCUCCGGGGCUUCCGAGGGUGCUGCGUUUGGCUCACCGGACUCUCCGGAGCCGGAAAAACAUCUAUAGCUUUUCAACUGGAAGCUUACUUGGUCGGAAGAGGAAUUCCUGCCUAUGGCUUAGAUGGAGACAACGUCAGAACUGGUUUGAAUAAAAAUUUAGGAUUUUCAAAAGAAGACCGAGAAGAAAAUAUACGAAGAGUUGCUGAAGUUGCCAAAUUAUUUGCUGAUAGUGGAGUUGUUUGCAUUUGCAGUUUUGUUUCACCAUUUGCAGAGGAUCGUGAAUUGGCCAGAAAAAUCCACAAAGACAGUGAUCUGCCUUUCUUUGAGGUUUACGUAAAUACACCAUUAGAAGUUUGUGAAACCAGAGAUGUCAAAGGACUUUAUAAAAAGGCCAGACAAGGAGUUAUUAAGGGCUUCACCGGUCUAUCACAACCUUACGAACCUCCAGAGAACCCUGAUUUAAUCGUUGGCACAGUCGACAGCACCUUACAAGAAUCCACACAACUUCUCAUCGACUUUUUGGAAAACAAAAAUAUAAUCCCAAGCAAUAACCUAAGCAAUGGAGUGCUAGAACUAUUCGUACGACCUGAUCUUUUGCAAACCGUCCAGCAAGAAGCUCAGGCUUUGCAGUCAGUAGAAAUCACUACUUUAGACUUACAAUGGGUCCAGGUUUUGAGCGAAGGCUGGGCAAGUCCUUUGAAAGGAUUUAUGAGGGAAAAGGAAUUUCUACAAAGUCUGCACUUCAAUUGCAUGUGGGAAGACUUUGUCGUAAAUCAGAGUCUGGUCAUAGUUUUACCAGUGUCGACACAAGACAAAGAACGGUUGCAGGAUGUUAGUGCAUUUACUUUGAGAUAUCAAGGAGUUCCAGUAGCAGUCAUCCGUAAACCUGAAUUUUACUAUCACAGAAAAGAAGAAAGAUGCUGUCGACAGUUUGGAACAAACGACACCGGACAUCCUUAUGUUAAGAUGAUUCACGAAUCCGGUGACUGGUUAGUAGGUGGUGAUUUAGAAGUAUUGAACAGGAUAAGGUGGAACGAUGGACUUGACCAGUACAGGUUGACUCCUAGGGAACUCAGGGAUAAAUUCAGGGAAAUGGAUGCUGAUGCUGUUUUUGCAUUCCAGUUGAGAAAUCCAAUUCACAACGGUCAUGCUUUACUGAUGACCGAUACACAUAGACAACUAACCGAAAGGGGAUUCAAAAAGCCUGUAUUGCUGCUGCAUCCUUUAGGUGGUUGGACUAAAGAUGACGAUGUACCAUUAGCUGUACGAAUUGAACAACACAAAAAAGUCUUGGAAGCUGGUGCUUUGGAUGCAUCAAGAACAGUCAUGGCCAUUUUUCCAAGUCCUAUGAUGUAUGCUGGACCUACAGAGGUUCAGUGGCACGCAAAAGCUCGUAUGAAUGCAGGAGCAUCCUUCUACAUCGUUGGCAGAGACCCUGCAGGCAUGGCUCACCCGAAAGGUUCAGACCUCAGCAAAGGAGGUACCCCCGAUGGAAAUUUGUAUGAAGGAACACACGGUUCGAGGGUUUUGAGCAUGGCUCCUGGCUUGGACGGAUUAGAAAUUUUACCAUUCCGUGUAGCUGCUUACGACAAAUCGGUCAGCAAAAUGAGUUUCUUCGAUCCGUCCAGGAAAGGAGACUUUGAUUUUAUUUCAGGGACCAGAAUGAGAGGUUUGGCAAAGAGUGGACAGACUCCUCCUGAUGGUUUUAUGGUGCCGAGUGCCUGGGACGUCUUAGCACAGUACUACAAAAGCCUCAGUUCAUAAAUAGGUGACAAAUAUAUAUAUAUAUAUAUAUAUAUAUAUAUAUAUAUAAUUAGAUUUUUUACAAAUAGAUAAGUCAAAUUUUAACGAUCCAGAUUUUAUAUAAAUUUUAUUGUAUAGAUUUU